AUGAGCGCGCAAGAAUCGCGCGACGAUGGUCGCGGAAAGCUGUACAAGCGGAACCUAGACUUCACGCUCAAGGAGUUGCAGAAUCAGGUGCGCGAGCAUGAGGAGCAACUAGAAAAGCUCCGAGCAGAAACCAAGCCCCGACCAGAGAUCAUCGGGUCCCCGGCGGCCACCAUGGGCACCAUGAAGCAGGCCUUUGACGAACUCGCGCAGUCGGACCCGUUCCUCCCGUUUCCCGAUUCACGCGAGCUGGACAAGAGCCGCGCGGACUUGGAAGAUCAGGAGGCGCUCGAGGCGGCGCUCGAGAAGAGGCUCGAGACGCUGCGAAGCGAGGAUGUCCACGGCACGACAGUAGCGCCAGAGGACAUCGCGAGGCAGCGACUCGAGGAGCUGCGCAAGGAGAAGCAGUACUACAGCAAGGAGACGACGCGCCUGUUCAAGGCGUACAAAACGUUUGUGGAAGACAAGCUGGCGCCCCUGCUGGCAGCGGAGGAGCUAGGCGGGCCCGUGGCCCAAAAGGUCAAGCCGGCGCAAAACGAGGACAAGCGGCAGCGUCGGCUGGACGAGCUCUGGGGGACGGGCGGGGAGCAGCAGCGACAGGCUGGCUCGGGCGAGUGGGACGAAAAGGUCGCGGCCGGGAUGGAAAUGAAGAGGCUCACGGAGGAUUUGCUCAACCAGCUCGUGGACGCCAAGGGCAACGCUGCGGCGUCGUACGUGAUUUUGGAAAAGGAGUCUUCGGCGGCGCGGUUCCUGGUGAGGGCCAAGGUUGCGCAGUUUCACCCCAAGGACGCUACGAGGUUACGGCUCAUUGACUUUGGCAAGGAGAUUGACGAUUGA